AACCUUUUUUAUCUAUAAUAAAAUCAAGAACAGAGAGAGGAGGAGAGUGAAGGGAGGGGGAGGAGGAGCAAUCAAAAGGCGUCAAUAAAUCGCCAGAAAGAGGGAGAAAAGGAGGGGACUUUUUCUUUUUGAGGGAGGAGAUGAUGUUUCAGUUGCUUUAAUCUAUUGAUUGCUCAUUAAUCCUGCACUCCUUGGUACUACUUCAUUCCCGGGGAGGAGGCGGAGACGAGCAUGGUUCCGAGCUAUGACUGCGCCGCCUCCGUGCUGCUGUGCGCGGAGGACAACACGGCCAUUCUUGGCCUUGACGGGGAGGAGGAGGAGGAGGAGUGUUCUUGGGCCGCCGCCACGCCGCCGCGAGAUGCCGCCGCCGCGGCCGCCGCCACGGAUGGAUUCUUGAUGGACUUCCCCGCUUUGUCCGAUGAAUGCAUUGCGGCGCUUGUGGAGAGAGAGGAGGAGCACAUGCCCAUGGAGGGGUACCCCGAGAGGCUGCAGCCGCGGCCUGAGAGUGUGGAUUUGGCCGCCGUCAGGAGGGACGCCUUAGAUUGGAUUUGGAAGGUCAUUGAACAUUACAAUUUUGCGCCGUUGACUGCAGUUUUGUCUGUGAACUAUCUCGACAGAUACCUCUCCGAGAAUGGACUUCCUGAACGCGAAGCUUGGAUGACACAGCUCUUGGCAGUGGCUUGCCUGUCCUUAGCUGCAAAAAUGGAGGAGACUUUUGUGCCACUCCCCUUAGACUUGCAGGUGGCUGAGGCACAGUUUGUGUUUGAGGCAAGGACCAUAGAAAGGAUGGAGCUUCUGGUGCUACGCACCCUAAAGUGGAGGAUGCGAGCUGUGACUGCCUGCUCAUUUAUUGACUAUUUCCUUAACAAAUUCAGUGAUCAUGGUGCACCCUCCUUGCCCGCGCUCUCCCGAUCUACAGACCUUAUCCUGAGCACUGCCAAAGGGGUUGAAUUCGUGGCUUUCAGACCUUCAGAGAUCGCUGCAAGCGUUGCACUCACUGCACUUGGGGAGUGCAGAAGUUCAGUACUUGAGAGGUCUAUAACUAGUUGCAAGUAUAUAAGCAAGGAGGAAGUGCUAAGGUGCUAUGAAAUGAUUCAAGAGAAGAUUACGUUGGGAAACAUUGCACUGAAGUCUGCCGGAUCAUCAAUUUUCUCUGUGCCGCAAAGCCCAAUAGGUGUGUUGGAUGCUGCUGCAUGUCUGAGCCAGCAAAGUGAUGAUACUACUGUUGGAUCUUCUGCAGCGUGCUACCGAAGCUCUUCAGCAAGCAAAAGGAGGAAGCUUAGCAGCUGACUGAUCACAUUGUGCGUUGUGAUUCAGGUGUGCUGCUUACCAUUUUGGAGUUUUUGAUUGCUUCCAAACACCUCAACUUAGUGUGGUCACUCGAGAACUCUAAUGUGAUCAAGUAAUUUCCAAAAUGAACAGUAAAAUCAUACAUAUUACUUGGUCAUACUUGGCCCCUAAAGGACAAAUAACAUUUAGUGUACUAUGAGCCUAUCCAUGCCUUAGACUUUUGUAAAAGGGGAAUUUGAAGCUGUUGUGGUUCCAAGAAUGCUAGCAUAGGUUGAGAAGGAACAAACAGCUUUCAUGUUGUAGAGAUGAGAGCUCUCUUGUCCUAUUUUGUACUUGUGUUCCUUAUUCAUUUUCUAGUGAACAUUUGCAAGGGCUGCUUUGAGCAUCAAAGGGAUGAAUGGAAAGAGUCGAGAAAAAUAGCUGUCUUAUUUCUCGUU